AGAACGCGCGGUGCAGAAGUUCAGAUCGGAAGCGAAUCACUGAUUACUUGUAAAAGUAGUGCGUAAACGUAACUGACUGUAGUAGUUGGCGAACAAGCGCUAGAAGUAGAGUUAUCCGUCAAUUAUUUUAUGCAGAUGAAUAUAUCAGACGUAGUGUCAUCGACUGUUGAGUAAAUUAUUUGUAUAACGGUGCACAACUCAAUUAAUAACAUUAAUUAAUCAAGGUGACAUCUCAAAACACGUUUAGAGAUAAUAAUUAGUGGACGAUUUGUUGCAUCGUCUACAUUGAGCAGCUCUCCUUUAUUAUAUACAUUGAAUUUGAGUUAUUUACAGAGACACACAAAAAACGCAAGAUGAUGUCAUACGCGCACAUACGAGUAUUUAUCAUUGUGCUAUUGACAAUUAUGGCGGUUGGCGAAGGCUUAGAGGCGGAGAAAAAGAAGAAUAAGCGCCCGCAGAAGUUCAGCGGGAAGUGCAAGCCGAAGAUUAUGGCCGAGUAUGAGCUGGCGUUCCACAGCGCGUGGACCGAGUCCGUAUAUCCCCGGAUGUAUCCGACGUACAGGCCGCACGCGCAGUGGUCCAAGCUGAUAGGUCGCAGUCACUCGACCCAGUACACGAUGUGGUCAGAGGGAGCAGCGGCGACGGAGGCGGUGAGGGAGUUCGCGGAAGGCGGCGACACCAGAGGCUUUGACAUAGAGGCUCAGGCUUAUGGAGGCAUCCGGGACGCCUUCACCGCGGCUCCCAUUUCCGGUGGCAUGGGCAAAACCGCAACGAACUUUAUAGCCGAUGGCGAGCAUUCUUUGGUCUCAUUCAUGGUGCGUCUGAUACCGAGCCCAGACUGGUUUGUGGGUAUUGCGUCUUUUGACCUGUGUGAGAGCGGUCGCUGGAAGAGCCACAUCAAGGUUGAUCUCUUUCCACUUGACGCUGGAACGGACCGAGGUCUUACAUUUACUGCACCGGAUUGGCCAUCGGUUCCGCGAGAGGCUAUUUAUAGACUUUCGCCCAUGAAACCGGCGCAUUCUGCAAGCGCAUUUUACUACCCGAAUAUGACAUCACUUCCGUCAAUUGGAAAGGUUUUCUUGACAAAGGUAGCUGAAUUCCGCCGCAGUGGAAAAGUUCCCCCACCCGUGAAACAGGAACAAAACUUGGAAAUUAUUAACGACGAAAGUGAAUUGCCUGCUGCUAAUGACAAGGUUAUUGACACAACAUUUGACGGGAUCAAAGACAUUACCGUUAACGAAAUCGAGCAACCGAGAGCAGAAUCAUUAAUAGCCCCGUCGGAUACCGGAUGUGUGGUCUCGGAGUGGUCGCCGUGGUCGGAGUGUUCUGUCACGUGCGGAUUCGGCCGACAGGACCGACGGCGCAGCAUUCUACGGCGAGCCCUUUCUCCCGGCUUGUACUGCCCGGUGCUCCGAGAAGACCGCACGUGCGGCACAAUGCGCACGUGCGAGUGGGAGGUAUUCCAGUUCCUGAACAGGAACGGCUGAGGAGGGAACAACUACCGGAAGUUGGGAGCAAUAGACGAAUUGUGUGGUAACCACUCUUUCUUGCAUUCAGCGAAGUGUCCUGCUGUCAUGAGGUGAUGUUGUGGGACAAGUUUGCGCAGGUAGAUCGUGUAUUGAUAAGACAAGGUAACGAUGGUAACGUCGAUCGAACGUUGUACUAGAAGAAAGGCAACCCCAAGACUGAUAGACACUCAUCUUCUUGUAGCAGAAUGUUGCUUUAAGAUCAAAUUGACUCGUAAAUAGACAAUGCAUACCGUUUCCCAUUCACAAAGCGAUGGGUCAUGUACCGAUUUGAAAUCUGGUGAUGAUAAUGCAUGUAUCUGGGGUUUAAACACUUAAAACCAAGUAUUAUUUAGUGAUUAUGCAUUACAGAUGACAGGAAUGUAUGUUAAACUGUCUAAUUUCUACACCCGAGUAAGAAGAGGGUGUGUUUUGAAUACUACGGGUUAUAUGCAAUGUUAUCAAAUCGUUUUAAGAUGUUUGUUGUUGAUUUUACAUAUUUUAUAUAAGCGUUUGUAUUGAAAUGUUUUUUUGUUUUUGGUGUGUGCACGUUAUCCCCAUGACUGACUUGAAUCAUUCAUUUUCGUUCAAAUAAGCGAAUUUUCAUAUGUGCAUGUAGUUCAAGCCUUCAGCUUCUUAUUAGUUUUCUUACAUACAUGGUUUAAUGUUCUUAAUAUCAUUAGCUUAUCAUUUCUGUGUACCGGUAUAGCAUGUGUUAAUUUAAGUUUUUUUGUUUUUUAAAAGAAUGAUCUGAUUUAUGCACUUUUAAUGUUAUAUUUUAUAAAACUGUGUUCAUUGCGU